CUCCUCCCACCACCUCAUCCCAAAUAAUCCCAUCAUCAAACUCAUCUCCCAUCUCUCUCUCUCAUCUCUCUUCAACGGAAAAAAUGGAACCUUUUUUUUCUCCUCCGCCUCCUCUUCCUCACUUUCUAGCUUCUCAACCACUCCCCACAGCAGCUCCACCGCCACCACCACAACUCAUCACACCAGAUGCUCUACCACCACAACCACAGGUGGUUAUUCCACCAUCUCCGUUAGCUUUUAUAGCUCCAUCACAGACAAAUCUAGAUCAAUUGCACAUCACUCAAGUUCAAGGAGCAACAGCAGCACCAUCACCACCACCCAAACAAACUCCUAACAGUCACAAAAACCAUCCUCCUUAUCAUGAGAUGAUAAUCACAGCAAUUAAAGCACUAAACGAGAAAACUGGUUCAAGUAAGAAAGCAAUAGCAAAAUUCAUAGAUUCGGCUUAUACAAAUCUACCACAAUCUCAUUCAGCUUUAUUAUCUAACCAUCUCAAAAGAUUGAAGGAUAAUGGCGUCAUUAUUACCAUCAAGAAUUCUUACGCUCUUCCUUCAAUCAACAACAACUUAUCAUCAGCUCCAGCUCCAGCUGCAGCAGCAGCACCUGAUAACGGCACUCCUUCAGCUAAACGAGGUCGUGGAAGACCACCCAAAAUUAACACUGUUGUUGCUCUUCCAAAUCCUAGUCCUAAUACCAUCCCUAAUCCUAGUCCUAGUACCAUCCCUAAUCCUAGUCCUUAUACCAUCCCUAAUCCUAGUCCUAAUACCAUCACCACCAUUGUAGGAGGAGCUAGUCCUAAUACAACCACUACCAUUGUCGGAGGAGCUAGUCCUAACACCACCACCGUUGUAGUAGAAGUACAAGAUAGAUCUGGUGAGGUUGUUUUACCGGCGAAAAGAGGUCGUGGUCGUCCACCUAGGUCAAUCGCUAAACCUAAAGCUAUUGCCAAGCCCAAGCCCAAGCCCAUUUCUGGAGGAGGAGGAUCCAGACCUAGGGGUCGUCCACGUAAACUCAUUACUGAUGCUUCUGCUUCUGCGUCUGCACCUCCUGCACCUCAGUUGGUACCUGGAAUGGUGAUUCUUCCAACAAAUGAGAAUACCAUUAAUGGUGCUGUGCCUUUGACUACAGUUACUUCUAUUACUGCUGCCACACCAACUGGAAGAGGUGUUGGAAGACCAAGGAAGGUGAAUGUGGAGGCUUCUGGUGUUGCUCCUGUUGUUAAUGGUGCUGUUGUGAAGCCAGUUAGUAGUGGGAAACCUGGGAGGCCAAAGAAAGUUGGUUCUGUUGGGAGGCCAAAGAAAGUUGGUGCAGUUGGGAGGCCUAAGCGUUCUGCUGGGAGACCUGCAAGGCUUGCUGAUGCUGGUAUUGUGAAGAAAACAGCGGCAGUUUCUACCGGGAGACCUGUUGGGAGACCUAGGAAAGUGGGGAACAAUAUUAAGGACAAAGUUGUGACGUUAUUGGAGGAGUCAUUAGGUCUUGGCAUGAACCAAAAUGUUCCUGACAUGUACCUGAGACUUACACAACUCUACACCAUCAUUACUGGUAGAGAUUACAACCUUGCACUUGCAGGAGCUACUGCCCAGGGAAAUAACCAGUGAUAUUAUCAUUUAACAGACGAGGACAUAAUUAGGAUUUUCCAGUAGAGAUUUUCGUUAUCUUUGUACGUAGUAGAUCCUGGUACUUGGUGUGGAUAUCUGGUCUAAUGUAAUAAAAUUUAUUUCAAUUAGUUGUAAUGGAUAAUAUGUUUUUCUUUUACGUUAAGCCUGAACUGCAGUGCAAAUAGAGUGUUGCAAA